CACGCCUCGUCCUGCGCCCCUCUUUUCCCACUGGACAAUCAAUCAGGCCAAAAGAUUCCAAGAUCAUCCUCAACCACAGCUACACCCACGGGAUCUAGCGAGCUUGACAUUGCUUGGUUGUACUUCCCGCCUCGCCCCCUUGCGCAGAUGCAGUAGCUCCAGGCGACUUCCUUCCGAUCCAGGUUCCUCGCUUGAUCUCUGGCCACCUUGGACUGCUGUCUUACCGUCCAUCCAAUUCCUGCCAUAUUUCCUACACCCAGCGAUCAAGAUUGACAGAUGAAUACCCAAUGGUGAGGCAGAGUCUGAACACUGGGCGCAGAAGUAGUUACAGCAGUCUCCCUCCCUCAGGCAAAACUCAUCGAGCCCGGUCAAGGCCGCCCCGUCACCCCUCGUGCCGCAGCUCCCACUCGGACUUACCUCACGACAUCUUCCGCCUUGACUUUGCUCUUAGAGGUCGCUAGAUCCAGCUUGUGGCAGAUGUAUGGAUGAACAUCAUUAAAGGAAGCAGGACUAAGAUGAUGAUACUGGUUGUCCCCACUGUCCCGUGCAUCCGCUCCAGCCUGCCCAGAUAUCUUCUCGCCUCUGACAUUCCAGUCUGAGUAUGGUUUCACUUGGGCUAGUGAGCGUGAGGUCCUUCUCCACCGCUUCGAGGGCCCCCUCGGCGAAUAAUUGCUUCUGUUUCAGCGCGAGACGUCAGCUCAAAGGGCAACUCAACCUCCAGGCUAGGCGAUUGAUAGUUCCGAGAGACAACAGAUCGGGCUGCUUCCAAUCCUUAUCUGUUGGAAUCCCUGGUCCAAUAUUCAGCAACGCUGAGAUCUCGAUAUCUCACCCACAGAUCAGAAGCGCUUCUUCGAGUGCCCAUGGAGAGAUCGGGUGCGACUGUGGCCGACCUCUUCGAAGAAGACAGGAUUUCCCAUUUUAUUCACUGUUUAAAAGAAGCACAAGAAGCUUCUGGAAGUUGGCCUCUUUGGGGAUUCGGACUCGAUCUUUUGGCUUGUCUUCGACACGGUAGGAUCUGGACCGUGUCCAUGUUAGAGCCGCUUUUCUCCACGUGGAACUACUCCAGUCGCAAAUCUGGCUGUGGCCGAACCUGUCCCUUAUUCAGAGGAAGGCACGCACGCAUAUUCCCAUCUGCUGCUCUUGUCAUCUCCCGCCAUUGUGCCACCCUCUCGGGAUACGGCGGCCGGAUCCAGCUCAUAUUACUGGAAUGUCUCUCCAGCGACAGUGUUAUGUUAAGCCGGCCCUGGUUCAAUUCGAAUGGACCCUUUCCCCUUUGGAGACGGCUGACUCUUGUCGAGUUAGGUAUUUGCCGGUCUCCAGAUAAAUCGCUGUUCCAGUGUCAGUGUCGAGACAGUAUCGCCCCGGCAACGGCCCAAGCCAGCUCAUACCUUUUCAGAGAAGAACUAUAACAUUUUGACUUUGCUUACCCGCCGGUUCCAACACCGCCAAUGAUGUCUAAAAUUGUGAGGCACGGCAGCACGAUCAACUCUAUGUUGUUUGGCGAUAGCCCUACAGACGGCGUUCAGACUGCUUAAUGUCAGCAGUGCUUGGAGCCCACCACCAUUUCCUCAAGCCGGUGGUUUCAAAGACACGGGAUAUCGACGAGCGACAUCCGACGGACGCACAUACCCAAGGCGAGUAUGUCCAAUGCCUGCCGUUGACUCAUUUUGUCGAUAUCGUCGUGUGCCAGAAGUUUGGCCAGAAGGUGUCGGACGUAUGAGCAGAAUCGAGAAUGCUCUUUCAUUCGGAAAUGUCCUUGCCCAAUUUUUUUGAGGUGCAAUUACUGAGCAGGAUCAGUCUUUGCUCGGCGUCAGAGGCAGCGAAAGACCUGUUCUGCGCACAGCCAUAUUCCCGUUGCCCUGUCUGAUGGCCGGCAGGGGCCGUGUCUUGUCACUUGGCUGAAUGAUGACCAGAUGCAUUGCCCGGCUGCUUGUUUUGUCUCGUGAAAAUCCAGCCUGACCAGCCCCUGGCGCGAGACUCACCCAUCAGAACCAGUUUUGAGUCAAUAGUGAAUCACUUCUCUCUUGCUACAGUAGUAUUCUUUCUCGUCAGACUGUGCCACUUAUUUUUGACAUCGGCUCGCCACCAAGGUCGAUUCCAC